AUGUCUGUCUCUGAACCUGGGCCGAGUGAAAACCAGUCUCUCUGCAUUACAUUCACACUUGUGGGUUUUUCUUCUCUGGAAGAGUUCCAGUCGGUCCUUUUUGUUGUAUUCUUGGUUGUCUACUUAUUUACGGUGGGAGGAAACCUGCUCAUCAUCGGUCUGAUCUGGGUCUCCCCUUCCCUGCACUCGCCCAUGUACUUCUUCCUGGUGAACCUCUCCUUUCUGGAGAUGUGCUACAUCACCAGCGUGGUGCCUCAGAUGCUGGUCCACCUGCUGGUAGAGCCCAAGACCAUAAGUGUGAGAUGCUGUGCAGCCCAGAUGUAUGUCUUUACCAUCUUGGGGUUGACGGAAUGCUGUCUGCUGGCAGCCAUGGCUUACGAUCGCUUUGUAGCCAUUUGUUACCCAUUGCAUUACACACUCCAGAUGGGCCCUCGCGUCCGCUUGAAUUUGGCAGCAGCAUCUUGGAUCACGGGAGUGCUGGUGGAGUCGGUGCAGACGACCUGGAUCUUCACCCUGCCGUUCUGUGGGCCGGGUACCAUUCAGCACUUCUUCUGUGACAUCAUGCCUGUCGUUAAACUGGCCUGUGUAGAUACCUCUUACAACGAGAUCGUGUUGUUUGCUGUUUCCCUCAUCUUUAUCAUGAGCCCCUGCCUGCUGAUUCUGUGCUCCUACGUGCGUAUUCUCGUGACCAUCCUGAGAAUCCCCUCUGCAGCCGGCAGACGCAAAGCUUUCUCCACGUGUUCCUCCCAUAUCCUGGUCGUUUCCCUGUUCUAUGGUACUGCCCUGUUCACCUACCUUCAACCCAAGAGCGCACACACGCCAGACACGGACAAGGCGACUGCGCUCAUGUACACGGUGGUCACACCGGCUCUGAAUCCUGUUAUCUACACACUGAGGAACAAGGAAGUAAAGGAAGCCUUUCUAAGGAUAACCCACAAAAAUCUAAUGAGACAAAUGGCUUAA